CAACCGAGGAGGAAUUUGCUACGGGUGCCCAGAAGGAACUGUGGGCGGCAGAGAAGGAAACUAGACAUUCUACACAAAUGAGUCAAAAAGAAAUCCAGGAGGCAUUGUCACGACUUUCGACGCCAGCUACAGCUUUAGCAAAGAUAGAUUUGGUCUGGCUUUUCUCGAAGAGUUCAGCAAGGAGCCUCAACACAGUCGUGCUCAUUCAUGUUUUGACAAAGAUAUUUGACUCAGGCGCUUAGGGACGAGGUUGGUUGCAUUACAACGUGCUAUGUCUUGUCUAGCAGCUCCAAUUUGGCUCGCUAAAAUUUGCGGUAGCGUGUACGUGUUUAGAAGUGGGGAGGGCCGGGCGAAGUCCGAAGGUUGAGUCACUUUAACGGCAACACCAUUCGGCGAAUUUGGCUGGCUGGCUCGCUCGCGCGCGCAAUGCACUCUCGCUUGAGACGACGCCGUUGAUCGCCACUUUCCCACAAUGGGAACUCCGAGGAAUGUCAUAAAGAAGGAACGAUAUAUUUUGUCCGUGGACGUGGGCUCGACUGUCAUCAGGUGUCACGUGUACGACAAGAAGGCAGAAAUACGUGGCUCGUCCUGUGAACAGGUUGUCCCGUUACAUCCAGAGGAAGGGCAUGUGGAACUUGACCCAGACGCACUGUGGAAAAGCUUCAUCUCGGUGGUCAAGGGGGCUGUCAAAGAUGCAGCGGUCCAAAUGCAUCAAAUGGAGGCUCUGGGCAUCUCCACUCAGCGGGCCACCUUCACGACGUGGGACAGGAGAAGUGGCAUUCCUUUCCAUAACUUCAUCAGUUGGCAGGACCAGAGGGCGGCAGCCCUGGUAGCGUCCUGGAACAGAUCGUGCACCUUGAAACUUAUCCACGGCCUGAUGAAAGUGCUCCACUUUGUGACUAGGCAGAAGCGAUCUCUCGCAGCCAGUCUGAUCGUCUUCUCCACUCAACAUGUCACCUUCCGCCUCGUUUGGGCCCUCAAACACUACAAACGGGUCGCUCAAGCUGUUUCAGAUGGAAACUGCUGCUUUGGAACCAUCGACACCUGGCUCCUCUUCAAACUGACCAACGUUCACCCUUUGUUUCAUGGGGAAUUACCACCACCUACUGACGGUUUGGCGAGAGCUCAGACUACAGUAAGGAGUUCAAUAAGAAGUUCUAAAAGAUGUGGCUCCAUACACCUUUCUGUCUGGUUCAUGCCACCGACUACUCCAACGCAAGUGCAACUGGGAUUUUCGACACUUAUCAGGUCUAAUUCUAGCACACCGUCAUCUUCGGAAAGCGUUGUUUGCUACCUUCUGUCUUCUUUCUACUGGCAGAUGUGUUGGAGUCAUAUGCUUUGCUCUCUGGUCUCCCUGCCGCUCUCCAUUUUCCCCCGAGUAGAAAAUACAGGCCACAAAUUCGGUUCCACCGACCCGUCCAUCUUCGGAAUAGCUGUCCCCAUCAUGUCCGUGAUGGCGGACCAACAGGCCGCCAUGUUUGGAGAGUGCUGCUACGAUGUGGGCGAUGUGAAAAUCACCAUGGGAACGGGUACAUUCAUGGACAUCAACACCGGUAGCGCACCUCACACGUCGGUAAACGGUCUCUAUCCGCUAGUGGGCUGGAAGAUCGGGUCGGAGGUGGUGUACCUGGCAGAGGGAAACGCGGCAGAUACUGGCACCGCCAUCAAAUGGGCUCAGGCACUGGAUCUCUUCUCUGACGUGGAGCACACCAGCACGAUGGCGUACAGCGUGAGCGACUCAAACGGCGUCUGUUUCGUUCCGUCUUUCAGUGGUCUGCAGGCUCCCCUGAACGACCCCAAGGCUUGCGCCUCCUUCAUGGGCCUGAAACCUUCCACCACGAAAUGUCACUUGGUGCGCGCCAUUCUGGAGUCGGUGGCCUUCCGAAACAAGCAGCUGUACGAGACCGUGCUGAGAGAAACCGACAUUCCCAUUACAAAGAUCAGGGUAGACGGCGGGGUUUCGUCCAACGACUUCAUCACGCAGCUUACUGCGGACCUGUUUGGUAGAAAGAUUGAAAGGUGCCGCCACCGGGAAAUGUCUUGUCUGGGGGCGGCCUUUGUAGCCGGGCUCGGUACGGGCUACUGGCGAUCCUGCGAGGAGCUGAAGAAGCUGCGCGGCGCCGACGCCCUCUUUUGCCCUAAAGGAGCGCCCGGCGACCGUUCGGCUUCCGACCACGCGCGCCAUCUAGAAAGAUGGGAGAGAGCUCUCCGACGCUCCAUGUAUUGGUACAAGCAACCCUGACCUUUAGCGGACAAAAGAGACUGAGCCGCGCUUGAAAAUACAAGGGAGGACCAUACAUCCAUUUAUCCAAAUGUCAUUUUGAAGUCACCUCACUCUCAGUAUGUCAUCCAAAUGCGGUCUCCACCUUAAUGGAAAAGCAGACGUGUCACGGGAGCACCAUUUCCAAUCAUGGACGAAAUGAUUGGCAUCCCUGGAAUUUUUCCAGAAAAUACAGCAUUUCCCAAAGGAAAUGGAAUUACAAAUGUUUACAGCAUGCAUGUGUUUCUUUCUCCCCAUUUUAGACAAAACUCAAAAAAUAGGUUGGACAAAAUUGUUGGCGCCCUCAACACAAAAUUUGCUUGCGCAUCAUUUGGAAGAAAUAACAAUCGCUUCCUGUUACCGUCAACAAGUUUGGUGCACCUCUCCGGUGGAAUUUUGGACCACUCUUCAACUGCUGCAGGUCUUUCAGAUUUGAAGGGUGCCAUCUUGCAACAGCAAUUUUGAAAGCUCUCCAUAAUGUUCAAUACGAAUUAGGUACAGACUCUUCUCAGAUAUCUCCAGCGCUUUCUUGGUGCUAUUUGAGCUAUGUUUUUGGGUCAUUGUCCAGUUGGAACACCCAUGGCCUCUGACGCAGACCCGCUUUUCUGACACGACACCCUACAUUCCGGCCCAAUACAUUUUGAUAGUCUCCAGAUUUUAUGACUCCUUGCACUGACAUACCUCAAAUAGCACCAACAAAUGGUUGGAGACAAAGUGUGGAGAAUUGGGAGGUGGCCAUCGAUGUGUUCGGCAAUUCCUUCCUACGUGGCGAAACGUCCUACGCGAUGCUCAGCGCGCUUGCCCGAGCAUCCGCACGCAUGCGCACAUUGGUUAAAAGCGGUCAAUAUUCACUAUUUUUGCUUUUAUUGAAUUUUUUAUGAGCUUUCCGUUGCCUUAAAAAUACUUUUUGCAUUUAUAUCCGUCUCAUAGGUUCAACCAUUGUUGACAUUUUUUUUGGGGGGGGGGGGGGGGUAGCUUUAAAGCAGUUGACCACAUGAGUCACGUAGCGCAUUUAAACCGUCCUUAUUUAAUUAAACUACACUGAAGUAUUUUUUUAAGGCAUUUUUUAGUAGGUUCUGCCUGUAUGCAUCCAAACAAAACAAGUUGAGAGCGCACAGUAGUACUUUGGCUGUUAAAUUCGGCUCAUGUAGACGUUUCGCCAAUGUAGGAACUUGUGGCGGAACACCGGAUCUAAAUCCCAUUGAACACCUACGGAGAGAUCUCAAAUUUGCUGUUGCAGGAAGGCAGUCUUUCAAUCGGAGAGACAUGGAACAGUUUUCAAAAGAAGACUGGUCCAAAAUUCCAUCUGAGAGUUGCACCAAACUUGUUGAUGGUUAUAGGAAGCGAUUGCUUUCUGUUAUUUCUUCCAAAUGAUGCGCGAGCAAAUAGUGAAUUGAGGGUGGCAACAAUUUUGUCUAGCCCAUUUUUUGCAUUUGGUGUAAAAUUGUGUACAUUUUGCCUUUCCUCUUCAGCUUGUUUCAUCUUUUUCCAAUGCAAAUCCAAGGAAUAAACACAUUCAUAGUGAAAACAUUUAGAAUUGCGUUCAUGUCUGGGAGAAACUAUUUUCUGGAAAAAAAUCCAGGGGUACCAAUUAUUAGGUCCAUGAUUGUAAUUCAGGCAUAUUGCGGUCACACCUGGAAAAAGACAAAACUGUACACGGCAAAAUUGUGACAGGUUUUCAUGUUGCGGCAACAAACCCUUUUUUGCUUGUUAACCACAAAAUGAUGUUUUGGAGCUAAUCAGGUGUGUGUAUAACUUUCAGUGGCAGCCCAUGAGUUAACUGGCCAUUUGAAAAGCAUUUUUUUAUCCCAGUACCCGCCUUCCACACAAGAUAUUUCCGUACGGGUCGGUUCCCCUCAAGAUGGAGAUAAAAAUGUACCUAGAUGUUGCGUUAAGCCCGCCAAACCAUUUCCGGCCACGUGUUCAUCAUUUCAACGAGUCCGUAUUUGUACGCUUUGACGGAGUUCGGGGCCGUCGGGAGCCGGCGACGCCAACUGAACUUCUGCGAGGCGUUGGGCUGAUUUGCUUUGGUUUCUAAAUGCAAGUGCAAAAAUGUAAAUAAAGUUGGAUUUUUGGAUCAAACUUUUUAUGAUUUACUACAAUUGUCAGGUGCUGCUGCACAUUUACCAAAAAUAGCAUAGAUUUCUGGCGCCAAGACAAAAAAAAAAAACACACAUUUGUGAGAAAAGCCCUCAAUUUGCCCCUCCCAGUCAAAAAAGGAUUGGACAUCUAGCGCUGUCAAUGGCAGCCGAUGAGUUAAAUACUAUGGGAAAAAUAGUGUCAUUGUGGGUGAAUUUCUGUUUCAUAAUUAACAUUGAAUUCAUUUAUAAAUGUAUUUAUGUCAUGUACGUCGUUGUUCUCGAUCCGUGAUACGAUCGUUCUCCUGAUGUUACCGUACUUUUCUUUACCCGAAUUGUCACGAAGCGGGAGCGAUGGAGACCCGAAUACGGGGAAAAACGGGGAGGUGGACAGGUAGCAGUCGAGAAAAUGUUUUAAUGUAAGCAAAGACCCAAAGUGCGACCAAAAGGCACAGUCCAAACAAAACAAAGUCUAGAAAACAAACCAACUUACAGUACUGUGUAAAACGGGGCCAGGAACACAGAUAUAAACGCAUACACAGACAAGGAGUAAGACGCAGGCACAUGCGGGUGACACAAGAGGCAGCGGAUUGGUCAAGGCACAACAGGUGAAAUCAACGAGUAAACACAAGGACCAGACACACUGGGGCGCAACCAUAACAGACCGCAACUCAAGGCACGACAUGAAUACACCCCAGCUUAUUUACAGGCAAUUGCUAGUUUUUUUUUAAUGACCAAAAAUAGGAGCUUUUAUAGGGAAAGUGGCUAAAUAUCGACUUUUGAAAGCUAGUGACUCGCACUGUCCUCGGAGAGGUUAAACGGAUGCGGAUUUCCGUCAAAUAAGCGCCAAGGGCUUAACUCCAUACUGUUAAGUAGAGUGUGAUGACAAGACCGUGCGCUUGCACUUGCUGACUCAGAAUCCACUGUAAAGAGAUUCCUAUGCGAGUCCGGUAAGGGGGAGGAGGGGGACCGGACUUGAUAACAAGACACGGCGUCUGUCCGUGAGUGUUUUCCCAUUGAUGCGAGCACGCUCUCCGCGAGGGUUGCUAUGGUAGCGUGCGUGCGGAUGGAGAGAGUGAGAACAAAUGAGUGUGUGUGAGUGUGUUCCUGCUAUAGUAAAGAGGGCG